CAUCCCAUCUCAUGCAUGGCUGCCAGUAAUGGUCCACUGGGUGUCAGCUCUUAUUGGCACGAUACAACAAGUGCCAAGUGCCAGCGCCAAGGCUCCCCCAGCAAAUUCGGCCUCUAUAAAAGCAAGCAAAAUGCCUCAGUCGCACACACAGACACAGACAUGCUGGGCUGGAACGAGGAAGUGCAGUGGAGAGGGGAGGGACCGAGGGCAGAGUUCCAUGGGGCUGCCGCGGCGCUGCGAACUUCUGCACAUGGAGCCGGGGAGAGCUGGAAGAACUUCAUAUUGCAAACUCAAGGAAUAGCAGAGUACCUGCACCGAAUGGAGACCGAGCAGGCCCAGGACAUGUCCCACAUGCCAGGCAGGGACAGUCCACCCGCCAUUGACGGGUCUGAAGAGACGGACGAGCCCAUGGCCGUCCCUGAGGACCUGUCGGCCAGCUCGGGCCUGAACAACCAGAACAACCGGGGGGAGAAAGCCUGUAACAUUAAAGUUGAGGCGCGCAGUGACGAGGAGAACGGGCUCGCCUGUGACGUCAAUGGCGAGGAGGAGUGUGCGGAAGACUUGCGCGUGCUCGGGGCCUCAGCGGCCCGGGCGAACGGCUCCCAGGCGGGCCCCGACUCCAAGGGCUACGCCUCGGCCGGGGGCAUCCGCCUGCCCAACGGGAAGCUCAAGUGUGAUAUCUGUGGGAUAGUUUGCAUUGGCCCCAAUGUGCUGAUGGUGCACAAGCGCAGCCACACUGGAGAGCGUCCGUUCCAGUGUAACCAGUGCGGUGCGUCGUUCACCCAGAAGGGGAACCUGCUGCGGCACAUCAAGCUGCACUCGGGGGAGAAGCCCUUCAAGUGCCACCUGUGUAACUACGCCUGCCGCCGGCGGGACGCGCUCACCGGACACCUACGCACGCACUCUGUCGGAAAGCCCCACAAGUGUGCGUACUGUGGGCGGAGCUACAAGCAGCGCAGCUCCCUGGAGGAGCAUAAGGAGCGAUGUCAUCACUACUUGCAGUGCAUGGGGCUCCAGAACAGCCUCUACACAGGUGAGAAGCGUCUGUCGGAGCUGUCCUUCGAGGGCGGGGCCGGGGAGAUGAUCCAACCCCACGUCAUGGACCAGGCCAUCAACAGCGCCAUCAGCUACCUGGGGGCGGAGUCUCUGCGGCCGCUGGUGCAGACCUCGCCGGCCUCCUCCUCCGGGGGGGGCGGCGACGCGGCGCUGACCUCCAUGUACGCCUCGCUGCACGCCAAGCUCCCCCCGCCGCCGAACCCCGACGGCGGCGGCGGGGGCGGCGGCAGCGGCGGCAGCGGCGGCAGCGGCGGCGGCGGCGCGGGCAACGGCCUGUCGUCCAAGGACAGCGCGGCCGAGAACCUGCUGCUGCUCUCCAAGUCCAAGUCGUCCAGCGAGAAGGACGGCUCGGCCAGCCCCCCCAGCGGGCGGGACUCCAGCGACUCGGAGAGCAACAACGAGGAGCCGCGCUCCUCCGGCCGCGGCGGGGGAGGGGGCGGAGCCGGGGCCGGGCCGGGCCUCAUCUACCUGGCCAACCACAUGGCCUCGGGGGGGCUGCGCAACGGCGUGCUGCCCCUGGUGAAGGAGGAGCAGCAGAGGCAGCUGGCGGACGCCAUCCGGGCCAGCAUGGAGCUGGCCUCGGAGGGCUUCAAGGUGGUGGCGGGCGACGGGGAGCAGGUGCGUGCGUACCGCUGCCAGCACUGCCGCGUGCUCUUCCUGGACCACGUCAUGUACACCAUCCACAUGGGCUGCCACGGCUUCAGGGACCCCUUCGAGUGCAACCUGUGCGGCCACCGCAGCCAGGACCGCUACGAGUUCUCCUCCCACAUGACCCGGGGGGAGCACCGCUACUGAGGGGGGGGGGGCCCGGGGGCGGGACUGAGGAGCCCGGGGGGGCGGGACUGAGGGGCCUGGGGGGGGGGGUCCAGUGAGCUGCACAGACGAAAUGUUUCAUGUACAUAUAAGGAACGCUCAACCGACAUUAAAACACACACAUACACACACACAGACGAAUACACACACAUAUACACACACACAAUAGACGCAUAGACACACAAUCACAAAUACGCACACAUAUACACAGACACACACACAAACAAAUACACACACAAAUACACACACACACACACACAUAUGCACACAGACACAAUUUAACACACACAAACACGAAUACACACACACACACCCUUGCUCUAUGUUGCGUGAAUACUCACUCAUGCAUACAAACACAGUCUCACACACACACACACACACACACACACACACACACACACACACACACACACACACACACACACACACACACACACACACACACACACACACACACACACACACACACACACAAAGUUAUUUAAAGAUGCCAUUGUAAAAUACACUGUUAUAGUUUUUAUACCGAAAAUGCAUGUUUGUAGAAUACCAAAAAUGCAAAUUGAACAGAGUGAUGCUUUUUUUUAUCUUGAGUUUCAGUGCCAUGGAAAGUGUUUGGUCAAUGUGCUGUUAUUAUAGCCCGUUAAAGUUCAACAUUGCUAUUUGGCAUCAUUGUGCUGUAUUUAGGUGUGAGGUUGUUUAUCUAUUCAUGGCAGCUGUAUUAUGUCCUCUUAUUGAUCUUUUUAUAUAAAUAUAAAAUAUCAUAAAAUAUAAAAAUAUAAAUGGUGCAUAGGGAUCAGAAUAAAUAAUUCAUUUUAUAUUGAAAGGAUAUUAAAUGGAAUGACCACUGCGUACUAUCCCUUACUGUAUUCAAUAUACACUUAUUAUACUUUUUUUGUCUUAAACAUCUUGGUUUUAUUGCCUUUCCUGUUGUUUAGGUCACAGUAUGUUUUUGUAUUUAUUUGUGUUUUAUUUAGUUCUUCUAGAAUAGUAAUAUUGACUGCAUACUUCCUGUCCGACCUUAUAACGUGACAUGAAGCUUAAAAACUGACUGCUGCUGGAAUCCUUUCCUCCCUAAGUUCAAAGGUCACCUGGUUUCCGUGUUGCGUCCGCUGGGUGACAAGUGUCUAUUUGUCAAUGAACAGUAGUGAUAAAAGGUCAUUUCAUGCUUGCGAAAUAUAAAUAAAUUGUAUUUUACAUAAGUGA